CCACUUUCUAUUAACAGGUUGAAACAAUAACAAACCAGAGAGACGGGGAGUUGGAACAGUUUAAAGAAACGGCCCCUCAGCAUAGCUAGCAAGCAGAAAAUUGCUUUCUCUGGCAUCAAAUUGAGUAAGGUCCAUCAGCACUGGGCCAAUAUGAGGAGGGCUGCUGGUGUAACACUGUCAAAUUGAAGUAUUCUUACUGUGCCACACACCCACACAAAUAAGGAGUACAGACCAGCAGCAACAUGAGUCCCUACUGCCUGACCCUGCUGCUGCUGCUCGUCACCUGGCUCGGUGGGACCCCAGCCCAGUCGCAGAGUCGAAGUACAUGUGCCAGUAUGGAGUUUCGCAAGCUGUCCCCAGAGCUGCAGAAUGAACACACCUGCCUCUUGCUGGAGCAGAUCAAACAGGAGAUGCAACAGGACAAAGAGGACAGGCAGAAUUUAUUCAGGAGCAUUUUAGGGGUUCUGACAGCAGUAGAAAAGAAGCUUGGAAUAGUAAAAGACAUGGCCAAAGAACAGUUUGCCAAAGAUUCUGCCAAAGCACUGUUCUAUAUACCAAGAGAUCUCCCUUUAAAAUUAGAUUGUAUGGAUCUACUUCGCACUGGCAAAAUUCACAAGUCAGGAGUCUAUCCUCUUAGGAUGGAUAAUGGUGAGAUCAACUUGGUACGCUGCGAUAUGGACUCUGAAGGUGGAGGCUGGACAGUAAUACAACGCCGUGCUGAUGGCUCCGUAAAUUUCACUCGCUUUUGGAAUGAAUACAAGGAGGGUUUUGGUGAUCCCAACACAGAAUUUUGGCUUGGUCUUGAAAAAAUUCACCGCAUGACAAAUGGGAAGCAAUAUGGUCUGAGAAUUGAUAUGUGGGACUGGGAAGGCAAUAAGGCUUAUGCAUUUUAUGAAAAAUUUGUGGUGGAUAGCGAGGAAUACAACUACCGCCUGCAUGCCAGCGGGUACCAUGGAACGGCAGGAGACUCCAUUAACACAUAUCACGAUAACGUUAUGUUCAGCACCCCAGACAGUGACAAUGAUGACUGGUACGGACAUUGUGCAAAGAAGGAUGCCUCGGGAUGGUGGUUCAAAGACUGCAGUUACGCCUCAUUAAAUGGACAAUAUAACGAAGGUGGGAGAAGUCGUAUUGGCCCCGAUGGCCUCUUCAGUGGAAUUCAUUGGUACCAUUGGAAAGAGGAUUAUACCUACUCUCUGAAGCAAGUGGAAAUGAAAAUUAAGCCAAUUAAAGACUUCUAGUGCUGUAGGUAAUCUAUAAUCCAUGUUUGGGCUGACAGGGGCCAAGCACCUUUAUUUUAGGAGUAUCAGAACAAAAAAUUACUAUCUCCAUGCAUUCAUAUACAUCACAUCCAUUGCACUGCUAAUUCACUUACAUUAUUCAAAGAAACUACAAAGAUCAUAGAAUAAGGACCAUGAAUAUUUCAUUAGAUAUCAUUCCAUUCUGACACCCGUAGAACUCUAUUUGGAAAUGCAACCAUGUUUGGAUAAGUUAUUUUGCUACUCAUAAAAUGUAAAUAGGUCUCAUAAAAGAAACCCUUGGUCUUUGAUAUCCACACGUACAUAAGCCAUAAGUAUUUUAAUGUAGAUAAUUUAAGUUCUAUCUUUCACACUUUGUUAAAGCCAGCACACCAACAGUCCCUUGAGGGAUAUAAUGAAAAUCUAUUCAACAUACUCCUUGGCCCUUUUGACAUCAAGAAGUAUACUUCAGCAUUGUACCAUGUUUAGGUUGUACUGAUACACUUAAAUGGCCUGGUUAUGAGUCACCUUAUUGGAGCCUACUAUAUGCACUCAACACUGCCAAUCUAUUUAACUAUAAACAACAGGAAUCAAAAAAGGUGAAAGGGAGUAAACCCACUGUGAUGUAAUGGCAUGUGUAAGUCAGGACCUCUAAAAGUGUACCGGUAUACCAUGUGUCACUCUUUUAUGACUUAAAAGUAUAGCACUUGUGAAAUGGGCCUCAGACAGUAUGAGCAAGAAGUAACCACAUGAAUCAUGUACAGUAAUGCUUCUGUAUAUCCAAAUAUAUACAUGUAACUAUUCUAUUAACCGUGUAUGUGGGGCAAAAUG